UCAUCAACAAAUUACUUUUUCCCCGUAUUAUCACGAAGCCGGAAGUGAGCAGAGGUGAGUGUUCUCACUCCCAGUGACUGGCUUCUUUGGCCGUCUGUAACAACAGCAGCAUCAGACAAGAGAACCCAAUGAUGGAAGAAUUUGAAGACGGGGAUGCCGCUCCCGCUGAGGAUCUGGCUCAAUGCCAAAUCUGUAAAAGAUGCUUCUUCCCUAAAGUCCUGGAGAAGCAUGUUAAAAUCUGCCAAAAGUCAGCAACCAAAAGGAGGAAGGUUUUUGACUCCAGUCGACAGAGAGCUGAGGGAACAGACAUCCCCACACUCAAACCCAUCAAACCAAAGUCACAAAGUUCAUCUUCUACUGAGAAAGCAGAACCCCCUAAGAAACCUUCCAACUGGCGGAAGAAACACGAGGACUUCAUCGCUACCAUCCGGGCUGCCAAGGUCCUCACUCAAGUCAUGAAGGAGGGGGGGCCAUUACCCCCACCUCCUCCUCCUACCUAUGACCCAGACUAUGUCCAGUGCCCUCACUGUCAGCGGAGGUUUAACCAGGGUGCAGCUGAAAGACACAUCAAGUUCUGCCAGGAGCAGGCCGCCCGUAUGCCCACCAAGGGCAAGUUAGGAGAUGCCAAGAAGCCUCCUGGUCGCACACCGUGCAAGCCUCCUGCUUCUGUAAAGAAGGCCACCUCUCCUGCUGUGUCGACCAUCCCUUCAGCCUCCUCUCGUUUACCACAGAGAUCGGGCCUCGCACAGCCCACUGGGAUUCCAACUGGUAAGGUUUCAUCUGCAGGUUCAUUGAGAAAUGAUUCUUUCUCCUCUUCUGUUUUACCCCUCAGUGUGGGAAGCAAGACCCGAGCAGGGAGCUCUGGCUUUGUGAGGAACGCUCCGACUGGAAUAGCACUCAACAAGAAGAAAGUAGACACCUUCAUAUCUAGGAAUCACGUCGAUGGCGGCGACGAAGUGAACAAUGGUGGGAUGAAGUCCAAGUUCUGUCAUGCUUGUGGGACCAAGUACCCUGUAGAGUCUGCCAAGUUCUGCUGUGAGUGUGGGAUCAGGAGGAUGUGUAUUUGACAAAAAAAGCAGGCAUUCUCUUACUCGGGUGCAUUUUCAGGGCAGUAAAGUUGUGUAAUCGGCAGGCAACCCUUUGUUGCUGUGUUUUCUUUUCUUGUUGCUGUUUUAGUCUUCAUGCAUUUCGCUGGCCCAUUCCAAAAGUAUCACAUUGUUCAGUCCUGUUAGAUAGUUUACAAUUUCUUAUUAGUACGCAUUCUGCCAUUUUCCGAACACAAAUAUAAUAACCAGAAUCUUCAAUAAAUAACUAUGAUUGAAGGCUAAUGAAUUUCGUUGGCAAACUGAUCUGGUAUAAAGUCGUGUUAAACUCUGGUAAGGGUCAUGAUAUCUGUAGCUCAUAUGGCUGACACAUACACAGCACGACACACAGCCCAGUAUUUUCAGUUCACCUCCUUACUGCUGGUACAGCAUUGCUUUGCUGUUUCCUCCAUCUCAUACACAUACACAUUAUUGCCCUGAAACUAGAGGCCAUCACAAGGAUUAUGAACUUGGAAUGUCGGCAUCAGCAGUUGAAAGUUUGUGGUGCAUCCUUAGAAUACAGUAGAGGAGAGAUAAGUAAGAGAGUAGAUGAAAACAAAGAGAUGGGUUGUAAAAUUUGAAUGAGGAGCUAGAGGACCACGGUUGGGUGACUCAUCGGGGUUGGGUGUGAUUGCCUCUGCAUCUCAAUCCCCGGUCAACCAUGAUUUGAAACGCAUUCCUUAAUCCCGUUUGCCUCCAAUUCCUCAGAAGUAUGUUCCUACAGAAGUGCAAUAUGAUUGACUACUGAAGAAAAGAGUUUUUUCCUAAAGGAAGAGUGUUGUAAUUUUGGAAAGAUAUCAAUAUUUUGACAGGGACCAGUCCAAAAAUGAACUCGCGGUAAAAAGCUCAGUGCUCCCUUUUUAAGGUCCCUUUUACAGGGAAAGUUUGUUUUCAGCUGUCUUUUAUGUUACCAUCACAAGCCUGACAUUUCUAGACAAAUGUAGCAUUUACUUUAACCCUUUUAUUCCCCGUUAUUUUAUACUAUAUAAUUAUUUAUUUUCUUAUUCCCUUUCAUUUUACUGAAUGAACAAUGACUGCAUCUCUUUUGUUAAAGCUCAAUGGAAUUAAAAUGUUUUGCUUUGGAUUUGUACAAAACCCAAAUGCAGCUGGAUGUGUUGCAUUUGUUUUUUCCUUGACAGUGUUUCUAAUUGAGUCAGUAUUCAUUGCAUUGAGGCAACAAUGAGUGCAACACUGCAAUCAUACAUGCUGCGUAUGGUUGAUCCACUCUGGUUGAUAUAAAAGACACUAUUUAUGACCCCACACAGUUCAUUUACAGGUGGGACACUAGGAAAGGCCUCAACUUGAGGUGCAUAGGUUAUCUUCAUUAACCGCCACACUAUUUUAACCUUUGAAAAGUAAAGGAAUUUGUUGAAAGUUUAAAUAAGCAAACUAUGUUACACAACAAGAAAGGUUUGAACAGACUGGACAGGUGUGUUUUCUUGUACUUAUUAAAGCCUGGAUACGGUUGUGCACUUGAUGGCAUGUAUAUCCACCAUUAAUAAAUUUCUAUGAAGACUG